AUGCUUUUAAUUGGCAUUUCAACAUCAGAUACUCACGAGGAUGUAGCAAAGCUCACUAAGAAGAUAAUAAAUUUGAGAAUAUUUGAGGAUAUGACUGGCCAGCCAAUAUCUGACUCAAAAUGGUACGGAAAACCCUGGUCUAAAUCAAUCUUAGAUCUCACAGACCAUAAAAUAUUAUCCGUCAGUCAAUUUACAUUGUAUGGUACGAUUAAGAAGGGAACAAAACCUGACCUUCACAAGGCUGCCAAAGGAGACGGAGCAAUAUUACUCUAUAAUGACUUUUUAAAAGCUUUAAAAAAAGAAAUUGGCGAAGAAAGAGUAGAAGAUGGUAAAUUUGGUGAAAUGAUGGAUGUAGAAUUAAUCAACGAUGGCCCUGUUACGAUUGUUUGGGAUACGAAAGAAUGA